CCCGGGGCCGCCCCGGGGCCGCCGGGCGCGCCAUGAAGCCGGCGCGGCUGCUGCUGCUGCUGAGCGGGUGCGCACUGCUGCUGGCGCCGGCCGUACGCGGCUGCGGGCCGGGCAGGGUGGUGGGCAGCCGCCGCCGCCCGCCCCGCAAGCUCAUCCCGCUCGCCUACAAGCAGUUCAGCCCCAACGUGCCCGAGAAGACGCUGGGGGCCAGCGGCCGGUACGAGGGGAAGAUUGCGCGCAACUCGGAGCGCUUCAAGGAGCUCACGCCCAACUACAACCCCGACAUCAUCUUCAAGGACGAGGAGAACACCGGCGCCGACCGCCUCAUGACCCAGCGCUGCAAGGACCGCUUGAACUCCCUCGCCAUCUCUGUCAUGAACCAGUGGCCGGGGGUGAAGCUGCGGGUGACGGAGGGCUGGGACGAGGACGGGCACCACUCGGAGGAGUCGCUGCAUUAUGAGGGCCGAGCCGUGGACAUCACAACCUCGGACCGGGACCGGAACAAGUACGGCAUGCUGGCUCGCCUGGCCGUGGAGGCUGGUUUCGACUGGGUCUACUACGAGUCCAAGGCGCACAUCCACUGCUCCGUCAAGUCAGAGCACUCGGCCGCCGCAAAGACGGGGGGCUGCUUCCCAGGGCGGGCACUGGCGACGCUGGAGAACGGUGCCCGGACGCCGCUGUGGGCCCUGCGCCCGGGCCAGCGGGUGCUGGCAAUGGACGGGGCGGGCCGGCCCACCUACAGCGACUUCCUGGCCUUCCUGGACAAGCAGCCACAUGCCCUCACCACCUUCCACGUCAUCGAGACGCGGGAGCCGCCGCGGCACCUGGCCCUGACGCCCACCCACCUGCUCUUCAUGGCCGAGAACGCCACGGCACCCGCCACCCGCUUCCGCCCCACCUUUGCCAGCCGCGUGCGCCCGGGACACUUUGUGCUGGUGGCCGCGGGGGCGGCCGGCUUGCAGCCUGCCGAGGUGGUGGCCGUGCGGGGCCGGACAGACGUGGGGGCCUACGCCCCGCUGACGCGCCAUGGGACCCUGGUGGUGGACGACGUGGUGGCCUCGUGCUUCGCCCUGGUGCAGGAGCAACAUCUGGCACAGCUGGCCUUCUGGCCGCUCCGGCUCUACCACAGCCUGGUGGGGUGGCCCGGGGCGCAGGCAGAUGGCGUGCACUGGUACUCAGGGCUGCUCUACCGCCUGGGCAGGCUGAUGCUGCCUCCCGACAGCUUCCACCCGCUGGGGACGGCGCAGGCGGAGAGCUGAGGGUGGGCGGCGGCGGUGGUGGCCGCUGGGCGGCUCACUGGGUGCCCGGGGUGGCGGGGCCAGCACACCGCGGGGCUGAGCAGCCGCCGGAGCGGCCGCCUGCCCUGCCUCGGGGCUGGGGGGCCGCCCCGUCCGCAUCCGCCUCGGGGCUGGGGGGCUCCCCAGUGCCAGGGGCCCCCAUGGACUUGGGGGUGCCUCCAGCUGGAUCCACAUGCUGCUAUUUGUGAGUGUGUGCGCAUGGGAUGUGCGUGUGCGUGUGCGUGUGCAGAACUAGCUAAUGACUGAGGUCUGGGAGCCGAGGGGGAGCGCAGCCGGCGGUGGGGGAGAGUGGACCCCCCACUACCGGGAGCUCCCAGGGGUCCAGCCACUCCGGCAGCUGCAGCCUGCCUGAACAUGGCGGUGAGGGUUUGGGAGGGGAGCCCCGAGGCCCUUUGCUGGCCAGCCAGGGCGUGAGGGAGCACGAUGCCUUUCUCCACCCUGGGAUGUGGCAGCGGGGACCAAUUCUGGAGAGCAGGUGCAGAAACCAGCCCCUGUUCUGGCUGGGCUGCCCGGUGUGGGCAGGGCUGGAGGGCUGGGAUGGCUCUGGCAUGAGGCCCGUGGCUCGGUGGCACUGGUGCCUGUGGAAGGAGAGUGGCAAGGCUGGGAAGUGUGACCCCGAGCUCUGCCUGCUGCCCAAGCCAGCCUGCGAGGCUGGGAUGCUCCCUGUAGCCACCCUGCCGAGUGUGCCCCGGGGGUGGCCUAACAGCACGGGAAGGCGGCUGUCCUGGGAGGCAGCAAAGAGCCGAAUUCCCACUGCCCUCCUGGCCAGGAUGCCCUGGCUGGCAUGGGAGGGUUGCCGGCCCGGGAAGGGUGGGGAUGCGGGCGGGAAGGUGCGAGCGUCACUGCGGGGAGCAGGGAUGGGGAGACCUAGGGAUGCGCCCCAGUCAGCUGGAGCCAGAGGGGGGGAAGGUGGCUGGGGAGAACGUGCUUCCUCCCUUGCCUUCGCUGCAUCCAGUCCUGAGAUAGCUCAGCCCCAAAUUUGUGCCCUUUGCACCCCAGAGCUAAUAGAAACUCCUCAGGCACCGGACCAGGGCCCUGCCUGGCCUGACCUACCCUCUCCCGGCCCCCCAAACCCUCAGGGUAACUCAUUGCUGCUCACCCAGUCCUGGGGCCCACAGGGGUCCCAACAGCGCUGCAGCCGCGGCCCCCCAGCAAACCCUAGCUAGCACCUCAGCCUCCCUUGGCUCCGCGUCAGCAGAGGUGGGGGGGCUGUGACCCGCGUCCCCCCUGCAGCAUCACAUGUCUUUAUUUAUUUAUCUGCUCUUUGUAUGUACCAUAGCCAGGAGGCAUCAUGGGCGCGUGCAUGGUAAGGUGGGAGCAGGUGGGAUGGGG